UGCACGUGCCCAUCGCCCCUCCCAGGUCCUGCCUGCGCACACGUUUGUGCCAGCGCCCAGCACUCUUCUUUCUGACUCUGUGACAGAUCUCACAGGGGAGGGGAUUGAGGCUGCAGCUAUUGGGGCUGGGUUGGUGGCUUGAUGACGGAGACCUGGGAUGGGGUCAGACCACCCUGGCCCCACUCCCUCCUGUCCAGGACACCCAAGGCCUGACGUCAAGAGGCAGCUGGUGGGGGAUCCCAGAGCCCCAGCUCUCGGCCCAGCCUUCCAGGUGCCUUGGACAUGUUAUGAGACCUCUCCCAGCCUGUCUGUCUUCUCUAAGUGGGCACCUUGUGUGUACCUGGAGUGGGGCUGGGCACACCCAGGGAGAUGGGUUCCUGCCAUGCUGAGGCCCAGAGUCACGCCUGCUAGGUGGGGCUGGUCUUUGCGCAGAGGACAAGACCUGCCCCCAGACCAUCCAGCCUGAGAGCGUGGGGCAGGGAGGGGACGGGCCCAGCAGUCAAGGGCAGGCUCUGCAGGGUCCAGGAGCAGCCCUCCAGAGGAGUAGCGAUGGAGGCUAAAUCCCUCUAGACCUGCCCUGGUCCCAGGACCCACGAGGGAAGGGUCACCCACCCCUCCCCCAUGGUGGGCUGCCUCCUUGGACCCCAGAGCCGAGGCUGGGCCUCAGACCUCCACGUCACACAUCUGCUGCCCGAGGGACAGGGAAGCGUGGGCAAGGAGCCCCCAGGAGCCCCUGAGCUCUCCUGGGAGAAGGGAAUAAAGUCACCGCGCAGGAACAUCCUGGGUGGCAGUAGGGGCGUCUGUGUGUACCAGUCUGGUGCAUCCGGAGCCCUGGCUGGGGCUGAGGUCUGCAGCCCCCCGGCCUUUGGAGCCCCUUUCCCAACUUCUCUCGGCUGGCAGGUGUCCAAGCACCCAGCAUAGCUUCGCUUGGUUCCCCCCAAACCUGCAAGUCUCAGCAUCAUGGCCCCUGGGAGGCGGCUGGGACCCCAGGCCCCUUACUUUCUGGCAGUUUCUGUUUUCACUGACAGAGCUGCAGAUGGGAGGAACCAGUGAUGGGAUGGCCUCGGCGGGAAAGAGGGGCUGAGCUCCAGAGACCAGCCAGCCUCUGUGUCCACGUGGCCUUGGAGGAGAGCGGGGGCCACUCUAGCUGGACAUUGUAGAGUGUGGGUCCCCGAAGUCAUCAUGCUCUGGGAAGGAGCUUCUGGUUGACCGGGCUGGCCCCUGGCCACCCCCCGGCUCCCCAGGAAGGACAGUUCCGGCUCUUACUCCUCUGACCUUGACCGCAUCUCCACUCGGACCAGUAGCCCACAGCCAGUCUGCCAGCUCCUCACUCUGGAUGGGUUUCUGGGGGACAGCCAGGAGGCUGAAGAUGUGGGUGGUGUCCAGGAUCUGAGCCCCUCCCACGGCGGGGCCCACCUGACAGGCCACCUGAGCAUGGACUGGAAUCUUCCAACAGGACUCGGCUCAGGCCUUCUAGUGAGGGAAUGGCCAUGAGGGGCUGUCUGCCACGAGACCCCGGCUCUUAUGCCUGCCUGCCCUGACUCUCUGACAGAGUCCCUGGGGCUUGGGGGACUACUGGUUCCGUGGGAUUCUGAAACGGAAGCGGAACUGCGCUGGUGACGGAGUCAGGCCUGAAGAAGCGAAGUCUGGGCUUUGCCCCAGGCCCCUGCUCCCACCAGUGGGGUGGGGGUGCCUGAGUCACACUCCAAAGCACUGGGGUGCCUCUGCCAAGCCCAGAAGCCCGUCUCCCACUCCCCUAGCCAGCGCCACCUACCACCUGGGGUUGGGGUCUGAGCCUCAAGUCCCUAGCGGCAGAAGGAGCAGCCGAGCCCCACGAUAACCUAAUGUGGGCGUCUCUGGGUGGGGACCCUGCCUGACAGCCCCACCCCACCCUAUCAUGAUAAGCAGAGACACCCCCUCCUCCCCUGAUACCCUGGCAAGACUCCCAGGACCCACCACCCUCCCUGGAGGCUGCAGAGAGGAACCCCAUGUGGGGCCUUUGCAAACCCCACAGCCAGCGGGUUCUCUGGUCCCCAACCCUCGGGCAAGAGGGGCAGGGUGGGGAGAAGGGUCUGGCCUUCCUUCCCAGCAGCCUCUUUGGGCAGGGGGCCUGGUGUCCCAGGAGCUGCUCUCGGCCCCUCCCCCCACACCAAACCCCAAUGGAACUCGCUGACUCUGAGCAGGAGAGGGUCCAGCCUCCAGGGCACCAGGCCGCAUCACAAAGGAGGUCCCCCCAAGGCCCCACCUGACCUGACGCCCCACCUGGGAGACUCCUGCCUGGCCCAGCUCACAAGGUCCCUCCUGACCCAGCCUUCGGAGACCUGCUCCUGGGUGGCGGCCAUUCCCGAGUGACCUGAAGAGACUUGGUGAUGGGGAAGUCCGAAAGCCCAGUGAGGAUGGUGGAGAUCGCUGGCCGGUGGGGGCAGAUGCACCGAAGCUUCCUGGAGGGGGGGCUGCUGCUGCUGCUGCUCCUGGUGACAGGCGCCCUGGUGGCCCUGGGCCUCCUCUACGCCAACAGCAGAGGGAAGCAGCUGCCGCUCUCUACCGGCUGGCUUCGCUUCUCAAAGGAAGAGAAGAGCAUUAUAGAACGAAAGCCCCGAGCCGUCAAAGGGCCCAAGGACUUGGACGAAAUCUGCACCACCCCUGGCUGUGUGAUGGCAGCCGCCAGGAUUAUCCAGAACAUGGACACGUCCAAGGAACCGUGUGACGACUUCUACGAGUACGCGUGCGGAGGCUGGCUGCGGCGCCACGUGAUCCCUGAGACCAACUCCCGCUACAGUGUCUUCGACAUCCUUCGAGAUGAGCUGGAGGUCAUCCUCAAAGCGGUGCUGGAGAAUUCCAACGGCAAGGACCGGCCGGCCGUGCGGAAGGCCAAGAUUCUGUACCGCUCCUGCAUGAACGAGAGUGUCAUAGAGGAUCGAGGCUCUAAGCCCCUGCUGGACAUCUUAGAGGUGGUGGGUGGCUGGCCAGUGGCCAUGGACAAGUGGAACGACACCGUCGGCCCCAGGUGGGAGCUGGAGCAGCAGCUGGCCGUGAUGAACACGCAGUUCAACAGGCGUGUCCUCAUCGACCUCUUCAUCUGGAACGACGACCAGAACUCCAGCCGCCACAUCAUCUACAUAGACCAGCCCACCUUGGGCAUGCCAUCGCGGGAGUACUAUUUCAAUGAGGGCCACAACCGGAAGGUGCGGGAAGCCUACCUACAGUUCAUGGUGUCGGUGGCCACGAUGCUGCGGGCAGACAUGAAGCUGCCCAAGGACAGCCACCUGGUGUGGCAGGACAUGGUGCAGGUGCUGGAGCUGGAGACGCAGCUGGCGAACGCCACAGCCCCCCAGGAGGAGAGGCACGACGUCACAGCCCUGUACCACAGGAUGGACCUGGAGGAGCUCCAGAACAAGUUUGGCCUGAAGGGAUUUAACUGGACUCUCUUCAUACAAUCUGUGCUAUCCUCUGUCAAAAUCAAGCUGCUGCCAAAAGAAGAAGUGGUGGUCUACGGCAUCCCGUACCUCCAUAACCUUGAAGGCAUCAUCGACAUCUAUUCAGCCAGGACCCUGCAGAACUACCUGGUCUGGCGCCUAGUGCUGGAUCGCAUUAGCAGCCUGAGCCAGCGAUUCAAGGACGCACGUGCAAACUACCGCAAGGCGCUGUACGGCACGACGGUGGAGGAGGUGCGCUGGCGGGAGUGUGUCAGCUAUGUCAACAGCAACAUGGAGAGCGCCGUGGGCUCCCUCUACGUCAAGAAGGCCUUCCCUGGAGACAGCAAGAACGUGGUCAGAGAGCUCAUCAACAAGGUGCGGGCCGUCUUCGUGGAGACCCUGGAGGAGCUGGGCUGGAUGGAUGAGGCGUCCAAGAAGAAGGCCCGGGAGAAGGCCAUGAGCAUCCGGGAGCAGAUUGGGUACCCCAACUACAUCCUGGAGGACAGGAACAAGCACCUGGAUGAGGAGUAUUCCAAGCUGCACUUCUCAGAGGACCUGUACUUUGAGAACGGUCUGCAGAACCUCAAGGCCAGCGCCCAUCGGAGCAUCAAGAAGUUGCGGGAGAAGGUGGACCAGAACCUCUGGAUCAUAGGGGCCGCUGUGGUUAAUGCGUUCUACUCCCCAAACCGGAACCAGAUUGUGUUCCCUGCUGGGAUCCUCCAGCCCCCCUUCUUCAGCAAGGAGCAGCCGCAGGCCUUGAACUUCGGGGGCAUCGGGAUGGUGAUUGGGCACGAGAUCACCCACGGCUUUGACGACAAUGGCCGGAACUUCGACAAGAACGGCAACAUGCUGGACUGGUGGAGCAACUUCUCAGCUGAGCACUUCCGGGAGCAGUCCGAGUGCAUGAUCUACCAGUACGGGAACUACUCCUGGGACCUGGCCGACCAGCAAAAUGUGAAUGGGUUCAGCACGCUCGGGGAGAACAUCGCUGACAAUGGAGGGUUGCGGCAGGCAUACAAGGCAUACCUAAAGUGGAAAGCAGAGGGCGGCAAGGAUCAGCAGCUGCCAGGACUGGAUCUGACCUACGACCAGCUGUUCUUCAUCAACUACGCCCAGGUGUGGUGCGGGUCCUACCGGCCCGAGUUCGCCUUGCAGUCCAUCAAAACUGACGUCCACAGUCCCCUGAAGUACAGGGUGCUGGGCUCGCUGCAGAACCUGGCCGCCUUCGCGGACGCGUUCCACUGCGCCCGGGGCACCCCCAUGCACCCCCAGCAGCGAUGCCGCGUCUGGUAGCCAAGGCCGAGCCGCGCUGCGCGGUCCACGCCCCGCCGCCGUCCGGAGGCGUCCGGUCUGCGCCCAGACGGUGCAGCGGCGGGGACCGGCGUGCGCUCUGCGGCCUGGGCCGCCAGCGCCCGGACACGGAGACGGGGCGAGCAGGCCCGGCCGGCGCCCCCGCCACGCCCGCCCGCCGGGGCAGCGCCGCCCCAUCGCAGCCUUGUAGACGCGUUUGACUGUCUUCCGCCCGCUCUCCAAAGCGCGCCCUCGUCAGACGUCCACGAGCUUCAGUCUUGAGCUAAGUAAACGUUUCAAAGAA